AUGACGAGGCAGCCUCUUUACACAAGGAGAGAGAUCAAAGUGUCGCUCGUUUGUCCAUUUGUAUGUCUAUUUAUCCUCCACCAUCUCGUUUUAUUCCUCUUUGCUUUCUCCGAAGGGAACCUACUUUUAGGGUUGAGGAAACGAAGAAACAGUAGGACGAGCAACUCCAGUUUUAAUGAGUCAUUUGACAGCUCUCAUGAAGAUUGGGAUGGACACAGCAAUUAUUACAACACCAGUUUUAACGACUCCGAUUUUGAGAUAGAAGAUAGUGAGACUGAAAAUUCCUCAACAAGUAGAUCCAAUUUAAGCUCCCCCUCAACAGAAGGAUCCCCAGAUAGUCCCUACAAUAUGGAAUCCAUAUUACAAGCUACUCUCCCCCUAUUGGGGGAGGAGCAAUUUCCUAGAAGAGAUGAACAGGGCAAUAAUAAAAAUAUGUUAGCUCAAAGCCCAACUGAAGGUAAUUUGAACAAUUUUUUGUUAAGAGGGAGUAUAAAGAAUUUCAGCCCAGGUGUUACUCCCCCCUCGUCGCCCCCAAAAGAUGAUCCACCUGAAUUGCUGAGUCGGAGAGAUAACACUAGAAGGAGCCAAUCGAAAAAAGAAACUCUUAAAAAAUUGCCUUUGCAACUCUUAAGAGGCGUUUCUCCUUUUAGACAAACUUUACAUGGAAGGAGAAACAGUCAUGGUAAUCAUCAGAGUGAUUGUGAAGGACCAAGAGAAGAAGGUGAAGUAGGGGAAGGGUCUUCCCAUGGAGAGGACUUCACAGAAAAAGAGGCAAAAAUGAAGGAGUGGGAUAAUGAGAAGGAAUCUGAACUGAAGCGGUUAAAAACACUUUUUUGUUUGUAUGAACAGAAGAAGGAGGAAAUAAGAAAAAGGAGGUUACAUCGCAAUCGUUCUGCUCACAAAUUCAAUAAUGAUGGUGAAUCGCAUCCCGAUAUUCCCAACGAAGACAAUUAUAAGAAUAUGAAAGACAUGACAAUGGAAGUAAAUAGCCUAUUGGAUAAUGUCAGUUUAGCUUCAUUGCCCAUUGAAUUCAUCGACGAGUGA